AAAAAAAUAAAACGUUUUUUUUUUAGACUAAAAAAAUCAAAAUCACCCUGCAGUCUUCUUGCUCCCGCCACGAGCCAUCCUCAACAGCAACCAGCCUCCUUCUCUCCCUAGUCGCCACCUUCACCAGCCCUUGACCAUACAAUCUCCAUCUUCCUCUCGCCAUCUCCUCUCAAUCGUGAGCUACUGUGACCCAAACACCAUCAGCCACAACAACCCAAAACCAGCCACCAUCAGCAAAACCGACCUCCGCUGACCAGAGCCGCCUCUUUCCUUUCCUUGGUCUCUGCCUCAAAACCGACACUUUUUUUUCUCUCCAUAAAACAGAGACCACGGAUCUCCUCCAAAACAACCUCCACAGCAGCCUCUUCCGCGCAACUGACACCACCAGCCGACACCAACACCUACACCGCGACAACCAUCCAACGCCGCUCACACCUGCAACUGCAACAAAAAAAGAGAGACUGAGAUAGUAGAGAAUCGGGAAGAAGAUAAAAUAUCCCGUGAUUGUUGUGGAUUUUUAUUUUUGCAGGUGAUAUUGAUUCUCACUGCAGGCACAUCUCGUUCUCUUUCUCCGCGCCGUUUCUUGCUUCUGAUGUUAAAAAAAUUCCCAAUUUGAAUCCGGUACUCAAUAGCCCAUCGAAGCUUUUGGAAAAUCAAAACUCACUUUUACGGCUAGGCUCAACUCCACAAGCACGGGCAACUAAACUAAACUAAAAUCAGGUGCCUUUAGAUCUAAAAUGAUGGAAAGCUAUUUUAGGCGUUGAAGGAGGAAUACAACGUGAUUUGAGAUUGAUUGCCUUUAUUUAGUUAGUGAUUUGGGUUUAAACCCAACGUUUUUUUAUUUGCUUUGUUGACUGUAUAGGCUAUUAAGUUUGGAGGGACAUGAUACAUGCCUGCUAUUUUACCAAGGCUUUAAAUUUGAGGGCUUUAACAGCAAGGAGGUUAUUGAGUUUUGGCCUUGACCAUCCCAACAAGUGUUGUGUUAGCUCAAUAAGAAUGGAAUCCAGUAGUAAUUGCAACCUGAGGGCUAGCAGCAGUGAGUCAAGAGGUGCCUUGAUAGUUUUAGAAGGAUUGGAUCGUAGCGGAAAGACUUCACAAUCUAGUAGAUUACUGUCUUACUUGGAGGGACUAGGGCAUUCGACUGAAUUAUGGAGAUUUCCUGAUAGGAGUACUAGUGUUGGACAAAUGAUAUCUGCAUAUCUUUCGAACAAGUCACACUUGGAUGACCGCACGAUCCAUCUCCUUUUCAGUGCAAAUAGAUGGGAAAAGAGAUCAUUGAUGGAAACUCAACUGAAAAAUGGAACCACUCUUGUUGUUGACCGUUAUUCUUAUUCUGGAGUGGCCUUUUCAUCUGCAAAAGGACUUGAUAUUGAAUGGUGCAAGGCACCAGAGGUUGGCUUGCUGGCUCCGGAUAUUGUUUUGUACCUUGACAUACCACCAGAGAAAGCUGCUGAAAGAGGAGGCUACGGAGGUGAAAGAUACGAGCAACUUGAGUUUCAGAAAAAAGUUGCAAAAUGCUAUCAGGCCCUGUGUGAUUCCUCCUGGAAGGUCAUUGAUGCUUGCCAACCCAUUGAAGAUAUUGAGAAACAACUGCAAGAUGCUGUCCUGGAUCAUGUCAUGGCAUGUGAAAGAGGGAGACCCCUCUCCUAUCUUUGGCCUCGUUAAUUUUUAUAUUGGAGGAUGGUUUUAAAUGCUUAUCUGACAAAGGCAACUCAAAUGUUCGAUGAUGUGUGGUUGGUUGUGUUUUAUAAUUCGUGUUCAAAUAUUGUUUUCAGCCUUCCUUUUCCUUAUACAUGGAUGAUGGCAUAACAUUAUGGUUUAUUUUUCAUCCUGAGCUAACGUCUGGUAAUAUAGUUAUCUCUUUUGCUUU